UUUUUAAAUCGCAGUUGCGGUCACCCUGAUCUACUCCCCAUUUUUACAAAAAGCCAAAUGAAAAUUAAAAUAAAAACUUCGUACCUUUAAUUUAAUGCAAUAAUAUGUGCAAUUUGAAGCAUGCCGAUACAGGCGCCCUCAUGGACAGACUUUCUGAACUGUCCCAUCUGCUGCAAUGAGUUUGCAGCCAGUCAGCGUGUACCGAUCAGCCUGGGAUGUGGUCACACGAUAUGCAAGCUAUGCCUGACCACGCUCUACAAUCGCCAAUGUCCCUUCGAUCAGACAUUGAUUGUAACGGAGAUCGACAACUUGCCCAUUAACUAUGCACUGCUGCAGCUGGUGGGAAGUGGAAAUGGAGGUGGCGGCGUGGCAGGAGGCAAGGCAGUGGCCAGCAAGGACUCGGAGCUGGCCGAUCUGGCACCAAGUGUACAGAAACUGCAGCCCGAACAACUCAAAUGCUAUAAGCUGGGCAAGAAAUGCAUCGAAGAUCUGGCACUGCACCUCAAAUCAUUUCUCAAUCUAAACAGCAGCAAUCUGCUGACAAGACCCAUGCAGCGCAAACUCGUCACUCUGGUCAAUUGUCAGCUGAUGGAGGAAGAGGGUCGUGUGCGUGCUUUACGCGCUGCUCGCUCGCUAGGCGAACGAACGGUGACCGAACUGAUACUGCAGCAUCAGAAUCCCCAGCAGCUCAGCUCCAAUCUGUGGGCAGCAGUGCGUACACGCGGCUGCCAAUUCCUGGGCCCAGCGAUGCAGGAGGAAGUGUUAAAGCUGGUCUUGCUGGCACUGGAAGAGGGCUCGGCAUUGUCGCGCAAGGUGCUGGUUAUGUUUGUGGUGCAACGGCUGGAGCCACACUUUCCACAGGCCUCGAAGACGAGCAUCGGCCAUGUGGUGCAGUUGUUGUAUCGCGCCAGCUGCUUUAAGGUGUCCAAACGCGAGGCGGACUCCUCGCUGAUGCAGCUGAAGGAAGAGUUUCGCACCUACGAUGCGUUGAGGCGAGAGCAUGAUGCACAAAUUGUGCAAAUUGCCACCGAAGCGGGAUUGCGCAUAGCCCCCGAGCAAUGGUCGUCGCUGUUGUACGGCGACAUUGCGCACAAGUCGCACAUGCAAAGCAUCAUCGACAAGCUGCAGACACCAUCAUCGUUUGCACAGUCGGUGCAGGAGCUGGUCAUAGCGCUGCAACGCACCAGCGAUCCGGCCAAAUUGUCGCAACUGCACAAUCAUCUGCAGUACUUAGCCAGCAUUGAUCCUUGUGUGGAGACAGCUCCCUGGGAGGAUGUGUCCAAGGCGCUGGACGCUGUGCGGCAUGCGGUCAUGGGACUGGUCCACUUCCUGCAGCAUCACGGCGUACGCAAGCCGCAGGACAGCAGUUUGGCUAGCGGCUCAACGAACAGCAACAACACCAAGUACAAGAUCAGUCUGUGUCGCGAUCUCAACGUGCGUCGUGUGUGUCCACGAGGCGCCAGCUGCACAUUCGCCCACUCCCAGGAGGAAGUCGAACGCUAUCGUGCACGCAAUCGCGGCAAACACAUCAAAUCGCCCAUGCCGAUGGCCAUGCCGAAUAUGCCGGUCAACAACAAUGGCAAGAAGUCGUUGCCCAUGGGCAACGAAGUGCAGCAGCAGCAGCAACAACAACAGCAGCAGCCCCCACCGCCACAUGCGGGCCCAAUGAUGCCCAUAUCGCCCAUACGCUAUAUGCAAGCAUCCGCACCACCGCCACCGCAUAGGGGCUACUUGGAGCCUUUGCCACCAGCCGUCGCACACAAUCUGUCGCCAAGCGGUGUGCAUGGCCAGCUCAUGCAUCCACAUCACAGUCCCAUUGCUCGACAACAGCAACAACAACAGCAGCAGCAGCACACGGCUUUGAAUGGUCUCUUGGUUGCGCCACCUGGACGCUAUGAGCCACGCUUUAACUUUGGCCCGGCGCCAACGCAGCCACGAAAUGCAGCACGCGACUAUGCUGGCAAUGCGGCAGGUGCUGCUGGCGUGCAACGUAACCCACCGAAUUACAACAGCAACAACAACAACAACAGCAAUAGCAGUCAACUACAACACAAUCAUGCCAAAAGCUUUUGCAGCAUGCUUCCAACGGAUGUCUAUCAUUCGUCCUUCUUUGGCAACACCAACACCAUCAACAACAACAACAACAAUAACGAUGCGCAAGCGAAUAGCAAAGAACAGCCACCCACAAAGCUGGGGCAACAUUUAGCCGCUGGCGGUAAUCCUGGAAAUCCCUGGGAGCAUACGUAUAUGCAACAGCAGCUAGCGACGCUAACGUCGUCGACGUCGUCGUCGUCGUCGUCCAGCAAGAACCCCAAUCGACCGGGCAUGUCGACCAUUUUACCCGCAACAGCUGAUACCUCAUUUUACGAAAAGAAACCGCCGAGUAAUGUUAACAUAGACCUGGAGCUGGUGAAGCCCAUGGGCGAUAGUGGAGCAACCAAUCCAGAUGCGAUGCCGCUGCCGCUGUUCAGGUCCAACCACAACACUAGUAACAACAGUGGCAACAACAACAACACCAACACCAGCAACAAUAGUAGUAACAACAACAACAGCAACAAUAAUAAUAGCUCUCUCAUAUUCUGGAGUGCACACAAUAAGGAUUCGGCCAACUUUGUGCGCUCCGAUUCGAUACUGGAUGACGAUGCGUCACCCUAUGAAGUUCCCUCUGGCUCAUCGAUGCACAGUCGCUACGGUCCCAUUUGUCCCAAACGCUCGACGAGCAAUUGGAACAAUUGGAUGAUGGAGAACGAUGUGAAAAUCGGCGAUAAUGCCGUUGCAUUCAAUGACAGGCUGAAAACCGAGCACAAUGACAAUGUCAAUCCAAAUGCCAAUAAGAAUUCAGCUGGGGUGUUCAUCUGGAAUGAUUUGAACGCGAAUGCGACGAGUCCAUCGAGCAAUUACUGGAGCAACAACACAAGUGAUGCAGAUGCAGCCGGAGUUGCAGCGAGUGCAAGCCAAGGCGAAAGACUGAAACAUCACCUGAUCCUGGAUAGAAAGCCACAGCUGCUGUCCGAGGACAGUUUCGAGGGUGGCAUCGAUAGCGGCAUGAUGAGCGAGUUGGAAAAGAAUCUGGUUGACAUUGUUGAGGUCUGGUCGAAUCCAGAUGACAGCGGCAUUAAGUUGGAUUAAAUUUGCGACCGCAGAGAACCAGAGCCAGGGAACUAACUCAUCGAACUCACAGUUUGAGGAGGAAACAUAAUGCAAUCAUUUUACAGUUGUGUCCACAAUUUGAAGGACACUUUAGAGGUUUGUACACCGCACAGCUUAAAAUUCUAGAAUUUCAAGUAACCUACAAUUAGUAAAAAUAUUUAAAGCUUGAUCGAUAUUGGAUCGUAAAAAGAACUUAUAAAAAAGAAAAACAACAAAAAAAAAUGGGGUUUGGGAAACUAGAAACUAUUAUAUAAUUGUCUAUAUAAAAUGUUGUCAUCGAUAUAACUUAUCUUAUAUGUUAGUUGUUCUAUUUAAAUUGAUGUUCGGGCCGAACCGAAUUAGUCCGUGUUAUAUUUCAAUUUUUUGGGGUUUCUUUCUUAGCUUGAUCUGUUCCGAUUUAUAACAGAUCCACAACUCGUACAUAGUAAAUAUAGAAAUAUAUAUAUAUGUAAAAUAUAUAUAUGAAAUGGAUGUCUAAACUAGCCACGACCUUUUAGCACAACAAACAAUAAAAUAAAUAGUUGAUAGUUAUUUCAAAUUGAUAUAUAUAUAUAUAUAUAUAAUAUAAUUAUGUCUAUGCAUAAUUUCAAUAGGUGUUGGGCGAUCUUCAGGAAAACAAAUAUUUAUGAUCACAAACUUUUUCAAUUUGCGUCCGUUCAAACAAAAAAAAAAGAAGAAAAAAAAAGAUAUGCUAAAAGAGAAUUACGUUCAGGGGUCCCUAGCAAGAUCAACAGCAAGACUAUAGAUCUAUAUAGAUCUUUAGAUCGAUAAGAGAUGUAUUGAAUUGAAUGAUGAUAAUGAUGGAGCAGUCAAUGUCAACCGAUUAAAGACAACUCGACUUGAUAUCUAUUAAGGGUAAAGCUAUGUCUGAAAAUUGUACUAGAAUUGAAAUGCCAAAAUGCUAUUACCAUCUGUAAUUGUAAGACCCCAUAAAACUACAUAAUGCUGAUAAUGUAUGUAGUCUCUCAGUGGGUCGGUUCGUGAUUUUUACUUGCAGCAGCAAAAUGCUGAUCCGAUUGAAAACUUAAAACAAUAUUUUGUGUGUGUUUAAAAAAUAUUUAUAUACAUAUAUAUAUCUUCUUUUUUUAAUUUGUAUUUUUUUUUUUUUAAAUUAUUAACUUUUUCAAAUCAAAACACUAUUUUUAUAUAUACACUCAAAAACAAAAACAAGUUGAAAGAUGACAAAAAAGCGAAAAUAUAAGAAAGAUAACAAAUAUGUAUGUAAUAGGAAGUUUUGGGGUAAAAAGUGUGGCCCGCACCUUGGGCGAGGGGGACCCACAUACGUUUGAUAAUUUAUAUGUGUAUGUGGAUGAAUGUUUAUAUUUCUUAAAGAAAUUUUAAUAACGCUAUUGUGCGAUGUUGUUAACUAUUGUACUAUAUUAUUAAAUUUAUUGAAAAUAAAUUAAAAUCAUGUCCCUUUUCGUUGUACUCGUAUUCGUACUCGUACUCGUUUAGUGUAAAGCGAUGAUGACACGACGACGACGAUCCGAAAGGCUUCUAAACAUGCAUAAAGCCCUACUAUAUAUAGAUACUAUAUGAAAAUGAAAAAAAAAAAAACAAAAACAACAAAAAACUAAAUAUGUAUAUGUAAAUGUAUGUAUGUGCGUAUGUAAUACAUGCGCUAUAUAUUUUAAUUGAUAUAUUAAUAUUAUAUAUUAAUGUCAGAUGAUCCCCCAUGUUUGCUUUCGAUUCAAAUGCAAUUUAACAAUGGAUUUUUUUUCGUAAUAUUUGAGCAAAAGUCAAGAACCCAUCAUACCUAUUAUAUUCGUCAUUAGAUUGAAGAUCGUUUGUUUAUAACUGAUUGAUCAGUGAAUAAUGAAAAGAAAUGAAAUGUGUUUCGUUAAACCGAUAGAUGUAAAUUAAUUUCUCAGUUGUUAAUGCGAAGUCGAAAACCAAGUUUAGUUAAUGAAAAGCAAUGCAUACAUAUGUGAGAUGUAUGUUUUUCCUAUAUAUGAUGCAUUAAAUGUAUGUAAUAACUAUGUAUACUUAAGCAACAAACAAAAACAACUAACUGAUUAACGAUAGAGAAAUGCGAAUGAGAUUUGUGUAUUUGUAAUUUGAUUUUACACUCAUUUGCCACGCUCCCCAUGCCCACGCAUCACCUCAAUUGAAAUCAAAACCAAAUUAGUCAAUCAAUCAAUCAGUCAAUCGAGCACCCAUCAAUCCUUAAUCCGCAACGUACCCAGCGUACUUAAAAGACACCACACUCGGUAUUCGGGGCAUAAACUGGACGUGGUGCAGUUUUAGUCUAAACCCAAUGGGUUCAUAACUCUCGUUGUUGAGUUGAGUUUUGUAAUCUUAUAAUUAUAGAAAUUGUAAAAACAUACUACAUAUAAUAUGCAAACUAGGUAUGAUAAUUGAAAGCAAUUUUCAAGCUUCUGAAAUCCGUUCGUUUUAUUGCCGCGAGCAAAAGCAUCUAAACAAUUUUUUGAUUAUAUUGUAUCUUAUCUAAAUAUACACAAAAAAAUAUCAUAUUUUAUUUAUAUGUAUUAUGCGUAUUUUUUGUAUUAUUACUAAAAAUGUUAAUCUUAAGCAAUUUUCGAGUUCUGUUAACCCCAAACAACAAACAAUUUAAUUUAUUUUAUUUUUGCCAAUAAAUUUUUUUCAAUUGAAUUUAUGUUUAUAUUGUUUUAUUUUAUGAUUAUGAUUUUUAUUUACUCCCUUCUUCAUCCUCAUAAAUUUCAACGUAUAUUGUGAACAUAUCAGAGCCGAAACCUAGAUACUUACAUGAUACCACCACCCAAAAUGAAGAAACCACCCGAAAGUUAGCUAUGAUUAAGAAAACUAAAACAGUAACUAGUUACAGACAAUCUUAAUAGUAUGUAUAUUAAUAAUAUGUCUCUAAACAAAAAAACUAACAGAUAAAUGUACAUGUAAAUAGAUAUGGCCUAUGGUAUUUGAUAGUCGCUUCUGUUCCUUGUGACCUAGGGUUAGUGAGAACACGUCAUAAAAACACGUUUUUGCGAUUAAUUCUAGUACAGUAAUAAAUGUCUGCAUCCAAACUUUUUGCAAUAGUUACAGUAAACGUAAUAAACUUAAUAAUGAUAACAACUAUCUAAAGUGCUUCAUAAGUAGCUGCAAAUCGAGCGCUUCUUUCAAUUGGCCAAGUGACUUACAAUAGUUUAUCUCUCAUAUGAUAUCUAUAUAAUUAUACAACAAAAAUAUAUCUUCCAUCUUAACGCAUCAAAUGUGUUAUGGCGAGGACAAUACAAAUACAGAAACCAAACAAAAAAUAGAACUAAAAAUACUAAAAAAAAAAUGAAGAACUUUCAAUUAUUAUUUCCAUUCUCAAUUAAAUUCUAAUAAUGUCUUUGGCACAAUCCAUUUUGGAAUACGCUCAGCUCAGCUCUAUCAAAAUAAGUCCCUAAAAUAAUGAUGAUGAUGAUGGUGUGAAAAUGUCCAUUCGAAUGUAUUUGAAUAUGUACAAAACUAAUGAAAUAUAAUUCAUUCAGCGUGAAAUUUAUUGUGUGUUAUUAGUUGGAGAUUCUUAAAUUGUGAUGAUGUGAAAUUUACAGUUAACAUAUGAGAACUACUCCCAGUUUAAUGGGAAAAACAAACAAAUGUCUUUAUAUUUCCAUAGAUAUGUAUUAUUAUGAUAAUCUUAACUAACAAAACUAAUGUAUACACACACACACACACAUACACAUAAGACACUCAGACACACUCAGAGCAUACAUAAUAAUAUUCGAACAAAAAUAUUGUUUCUAAAACUAGCCAAUAAUGUUAAUCAAGGAACUUGCUCGCACAGAAUCCGGGGUAUCUGCAUCUAUAAGAUACUUUGUCUUGUUUGUUACUGUUCGAUUGACAAGAGUUACUUGAAUUAUGUAUGUACUACUUUUGUGUGUGCUGAAUUUUCUUAAAACUAACAAAGCUAAAAACCAAAAAAGAAAAACAAAUUAAUUAUAAAUGUAUUAGAAAAUUGAUAAAUCUAAUGUGUGUGUGAGAAUUCUCAAUAAAAGUUAUUAAACAGAUAAA